GGAAAUGUCGUGACUCGCGUGUUAUAGAAUCAUGUAAACUUUUCGCCCUAGUGGCAACGUUCAACAAGUGUGUUUUAGUGAGAAAGCUGACACCUCUAGUUAUCACGAAUAUUGCAUAAAGUUCCACAACUCCGAUAGAAUUUCCAAUUUAAGUCUCAUUUAAAGCCGGUUUGGAAUUAGAAUAGCUUUAUCUGCUUGUAGAAACAAUAUGUUAACUAAGUCAGUGCUAAUUGCCGCCUUGGGCCAGCGCGCACCCAAUUGGCUAAUGAAACGCACUUUCAGCAACACGCAAAUCUUCAGGCAAGCUAUUAAAAAUCAUCAGCCAAAUGAUUUGGAGAGGCGAUUCUUGGUUUGGAGUGGUAAAUACAAGACAACAGCUGAUGUGCCAAGCUUUGUAAGCCAGGAGGUAAUGGAGCGCUGUCGCAACAAGAUGCGCAUUAUGUUGGCAAAUGUAAUGAUUGGUCUAACCGUUAUCGGAUGUGGUAUUAUGAUUUACAGUGGAAAGCAAGCAGCAAAGCGUGGUGAAUCUGUGACCAAACAGAAUCUGGAAUGGCACAAGCAGUUUAAUGAGACAGCCACCACUGGCACUGGAGCAGCUGAAACCAAAUAAUCAUCACAAACUACCAGAACAGCAAAGUAGAUCGUUUAAUUAAUCCAAUUGUAAACUGUAAACAUUGGUAUAUUGAAAUAUUUUCGAUAUUUUCAAUGUUCAUUGUUGCAGUGCCAAUUGCUGCAGUAGCCUUAAAUUUUAAUUGAAACAGUGAUAUUUUUUGAACUCAUGCUAGAAGUUUUUAUCCUUAUUGUUCGAUCAAAUUGCCAACUGUUAAUUGUAGCACAGACUGCACUGAAAUAAAUAUUUACUCAAAGCA